UAAGUUGCCCAGAUGAGUGUGUCCAAACCUCCUCAACCCCACUCCCAUUUUGCCCCUGGCUCCUCCUCCCAUCUUGCCCUUCCUGCCUCCUCCUCAAACUCAUCUCUCAGCCCUCCAUCUGCCGCCGCUCCCCCGUCCAUGCCUGCUCCUCCUUCGCCGGUCAAGAUCUCGAUGCAGGAGCACUUUGCCAUCAAUGUAUGCCCUGGUCCCAUACUCCCCAUUCCCCAGAUCUCAGACUUCUUCCCCCGUUUCCAUGACUUCCCCUGUUCUCCGCCAGCCCCACGGGAGAAACAACCCCUGAGGGACAAGGAGAAGGACGGAGUUAAGGAUGGAGGAGAGGUGGACAAAGAGAGAGAGCGAGACAAGGAUGAGAAUGGAGGAGAUGAGAGAGAUCUAAUGGACUCUGAUGAUGAAACUUACCUGGGAACUCUGGAGUUCAGCCUCCUGUUUGAUCAGGAGAACAACUGCCUCCACUGUACUAUCCUGAGGGCUAAGGGACUGAAGGCAAUGGACUCCAAUGGACUGGCAGAUCCAUACGUCAAGCUCCACCUCCUGCCCGGAGCCAGCAAGGCGAAUAAACUGCGCACAAAAACGUUGAAGAACACACUCAAUCCAGUGUGGAACGAGACCCUUGUCUAUCAUGGCAUCACAGCUGCUGACAUGACCACCAAAACGCUCAGGCUGUGUGUUUGUGACAUGGACCGACUGGGACGUAAUGAGUUUAUAGGUGAAGUGAGGGUGGCACUGAAAAAGCUGAAGGAGGGUGAGAGCAAGAAAUACAACAUGGGUUUGGAGAGAAUUGCACAGAAUAAAGAAGGCAAUAAUCAGACGAUGGAGCAGGGGGCUCCUGUGGUAGAGGAGGAGAGGGGCCGAAUUCUGGUUUCACUGUGCUACAUCACAGAGAAGAGCAGCCUGGCUGUGGGCAUUAUUCGUUGCGCUCACCUCGCCGCCAUGGACUCCAACGGCUACUCAGACCCCUUCGUCAAGAUUGUUCUUCAGCCUGACAUGGGGAAGAAGUCAAAGUACAAAACUUCAGUGAAGAAGAAAACUCUUAACCCAGAGUUUAAUGAGGAGUUUCUGUAUGAAGUUCCUCACGACCAGCUGGCCAAGAAGACCCUAGAGAUUUCAGUGUGGGACUACGACUUGGGGAUGAGCAAUGACUUCAUAGGUGGUGUCGAGUUGGGCAUCAAUGCUAAAGGCCAGCAGUUGAGACACUGGUUUGAAUGUUUGAAAUAUAAAGGGAAGAAAGUAGAAUAUUGGCACACCCUCACACAACAAGGGGCCCCCAGCAGCGACUGA